AUCAACAUAGAGAGGAAGCAGUUUCCUCUUCUUUCUUGUUGAUGAACUUCAGGCUUCUGCCACAAACAGUGAGAUGGACAGACAUCCUCUGGAUGAGCCCUGUGAGGCUUGGGCAUGGCUCCAGUGUCUGCUUCCACCUGCUCCUUGAACUUCACCGUGAAUCUUUCCCUUUACUUGUUCUCUGUGGAUCUCUUUGUUUUUCUUGGUCUGUGUUGGUACAGGGUUUCAGAGCAGGAUUUAUAGAAGCGUUGCCUGGCUAAUGCCGAAAACAUACAGGAAAAUCAAGUUGGCAACGAUGAAGAGUGAAGGCCUAAGGAGCCCGGGAGCGGAUGCUGGCUCCUCUGGCUUCUGAAAUAGGCUCCAAAGGCGUGGAGCUAGUGUGCACGCCGCCCUCUCCCCUUCUAUUAUCUGCAUCAGAGAGAUCGUUUCUCAGCUGGCCGGGGCCGUGUCAUCGAUACAGCUGGUGUCAUCGUUACCUUCCACUAACAGAUCACUUGACACCUACUGGCCCGGACAGGGAUGAGCCUGGGCAAUGCCCAGCUGAACGGCAGCCCUGGGUCCUCCCCAGUGUCCCAGAGCCCCAGGUGAGGCGAUGAUGUAGAUGCUGCUGGGAUGUGGAGUCGAGGACUCAACAGAAGGAACUGGAUUGCGCCCAGGGGUUGCUGUUGGAUUCCUGCUGCCUGGUGCCCUGGGGUGGAGGAGAUGGAUUUAUUGCCAGCUGGCUGCUGCUGCUAAGGCAGAGUGACCAUGCUGCUGCUGCUGUGCAUCGGAGCGACCCCGGAGUGAGGAGCCGGGGUAGGGAUCUGCCCUGCCUGGCCCAGUCUCCCUGCCCCCCACCCUGGGCUGGCUGCAGGGCGCACUCUGCAGCAUGCUGCAGCAGAUCCUGCACGACAUGUACAUUGACCCUGAGCUGCUGGCCGAGCUCAGCGACGUGCAGAAGCACAUCCUCUUCUAUAAGAUGCGACAGGAGCAGCUGAGACGCUGGAGGGAGCGGGAGGCUGCUGAGGCUCUGGCCCAGGCCAAGGGCUCCAGGCCUCCGCGCAUCAAGCGAGGUGAGGCAGCGAGCGGCAAGCACAUCCAGUGGCUCCUGGGUGCCGAUGGUGAAGUCUGGGUCUGGAUCAUGGGAGAAGGCCCUGGAGACAAGCCCUAUGAGGACAUCUCUGAGGAGCUGAUUGCUGAGAGGGCACGGCUGCAGGCCCAGAGGGAGGCUGAGGAGCUCUGGAGACAGAAGGAGGCAGAGAUCACCAAGAAGUUCCGGGAUGCUCUAGCCAACGAGAAAGCCCGGAUCCUGGCGGAGAAAUGGAAAGUGGAGAUGGAGGACCGCAAGGCUGCUAAGGUCCUGGAGGAGCGCAUCCACGAGGAGUUCAAGAGGAAAGAGGAAGAGGAGAGGAAGCGAGGUGAAGAACAGAUCCGCCUGCAGGAAGAACAGAGGGCGAGGGAACUCUACUGGACCUUGAAGCAGGCCCAGCUGCAUUGCCACCCCAGCGAGAAGGAGGAGCGCGAGUGGGAGGAGCAGUUGCGCAGGUCCAAGGCAGCUGAUGAGGAGAGGAGCCGUGGAGCCCAGCGUGCCCGGGAUGAAUACCGGCGCCACUCACUCCGUGCCAUCCAGAAGGGGACAGUCGCUGGCCUCAGCUCCAUGUUCCAGGAGCUGGGCCAGAGCCACGAGCAGGAAGCCAGAUUCUACCACCACCUCCCAGGCCCCGGCCCGCCCCUGUCUCUUGCGGUGCCUGAUAGGACUUGGGAGCGGCCACUGCGUCCUGUCUCCAGGGAGGUCAUCAUCCGGUGGUUCAAGGAGGAGCAGCUGCCUCGCCGAGCUGGCUUUGAGAGGAACAGCAGGGGCAUUGCCCCCUGGUUUCAUGGAAUCAUCAGCCGAGAAUAUGCAGAAGAUCUCCUGGAGAACAUGGCCGAGGGGGCGUUUCUGGUCAGGGUCAGCGAGAAGAUUUGGGGGUACACCCUCUCCUACCGCCUGCAGAAGGGGUUCAAGCACUUCCUGGUGGAUGCCUCUGGGGAUUUCUACAGCUUUCUGGGGGUGGACGCCAACCGCCACGCCACGCUCUCCGAUCUCAUCGACUUCCACAAGGAAGAAAUCAUCACCGUUUCUGGAGGAGAGCUGCUGCAAGAAGCCUGUGGCCAGAGGGACAGCCCGCCAGACUACCAUCUGCUGUUUGAAUGACUGUUUCUUUCUUUUUCACUCUAUCCGUUGGAUUCCUUUGGGAAUCCUUUAAUGAAUUCUGAUUCAGAAUUUACCAGAUUGAUUCCUCGUGGCCUUUGAGAAGAUCCAGCACCCUUCAGAGGAGCAAGUCGAUGAUUAGGACUCAGGGGAGAACUAUAUGGCGUGUGUGCCGCCGGUCCCACCCUGGUGGUCAGGACAGAAACUGCUCAGGCAGGGUUGAUGCAACUCUUUCAUUUCAUGCAAAUGCUGUUGGUCCAGGCCACUGUGAACUGAGCUCUCAGAGGGCAUCAAUCCUCUGGGAAUAACCCGGAAGAACUUCAGUGCUGAGCCCUAACUACAC